AUGUACUACAAGAACUGGGAAACGACAAUAUACUGCGAUGGAUAUCCUGUGGACGAAUACUGUGCUCGAAUCGAGAACAGUACGACGGUGUCAUGCUGGAUACCGAGCGAGGCGGGCAAGAAAUUUGAAGUGCAUUGGCGGAACGAGCUGGAUGAGGUCGCCUCCGCGGACUGCUAUAUGGACGGUCGGUGCAUGGGCUGCUCGGCGACAAUGCCGUGGCGCAGAGGACGGCGCUGGGGCGUGCGGACUGGGGCAGAGACGUUCUCGCCAUACCAGUUUACUCCGCUGGUUGUUACAGACGACGAGGACGUCGCCAACCCGGAUGCGUGCGGUAUUGAGGACCUGGGUGUGGUUGAGGUGCGCGUGUGCCGUGUAGUCCACGAGUAUCGCCGCUUCGCAAAACCGUACCGCCCGCGCUAUUUCCCUGAGCGGGGCCCCAUCCAUGAAAGGAGCAAGAAGGCCGGCACGCAUUGUGUUUCUCUGGGAGACGGCGUCCGCUGCCCUCCGCACACGUCUCCUCCCACCAAGGUUGUAUACUUGGAUAGGCAGGACCGCCCCUACAUCCGGUUCAUCUUCCGCUAUCGCCCUAGGGCUCUUCUUCAGGCCGAAGGUAUCAUGCCCUGUGGUAUUCGUUCAUCUGCUCGGCAAGCUGAAGCCGACAUGACAAGAAGCGCCCCUGCGCCGGAUGCUGGACCAUACGCGCGGCGAGUAGAUGGUGGACCUUCCACUCAGCGAGCAGAUGCCAUACCGACCGCGCAGCAACGCGAGCCACUCGUCAAGGAGGAAGUGCUGUCGAGCCCGAACCCUGCCGGAGUGGUACUUGAUCUCGCUGCUGCUGCACAGACCGGAACGAAGCGCAUCAAGAGAGAAGAAGUGGGCCGUUCGCGAACAAGCGCCAUCAACGUGGAUGUCGAAGUAAUUGAUUUGACUAUGGAAGACUGA